CAAAAACGCUCACAUAAACGUAGAGAAUUCUCCAGGACACUUAACGGUCACUUUUUCUUCUGCUGCUGCUUCGGCCUCUCCCCAACCAAUAUUCUCGAGCCCGAUAAUGGAACCAGCAAAGAUCGACUGGAAAAAUGUUCAGUGGAGAUUCGUAGAGGAUGAAUUGUACGAGCACAUCAAUGCUCCCAAAUGGGUUGAUUUCACCGCGAACUCCGACGCUGUUGAUGAUGAGGCCUGGUUUUGUCGACCUGAUUGUAAGCAUCCGAAGACGGCUGAAGAGUUACUUCGAGUAACUCCUACGAAGCUUACAAGCCCGGGUUAUAGCACUGAAACUCUUCAAUCCAGUGAUCGGAUAGGAAGAGAUGGAAACUUGAAGAGAAGAGGGCUUCCUCAAGCUUCAAACAAUGAGAAUCAGAAUCCGAAUUCUUCAACGCCUCAAAGCCACACAGCCAAAGCCGCCACUAAAGCAGGGAUCAAGUCAAGCGCUGAGAAGAAGCCAUUGAUGGAUGAUGGGAAACAGAAGAACAAUGGGGCACCAUCGCUGAAAAGCACACUUUCAGCAAGGAACUUGUUUGCAGGGCGAGAUAUUCUGAACCAAAUUACAGAGUUUUGUAAUGAGAUAAAAAGAAUGGCGGUCAGGGUAAGGGAGAAAGAGAAUGUUAAGCAAUCGGCUGUGGAGAAUGGUGUUGCUGGUGAGAAGAAAUGUGUACAGAAGGAGGAUCCAUUGAAGGAUUCGAAUAAUCUGGAAAGAAAGGUGAAAGAGAGGAAGCCAUUUGGUGAACUGGUUAUAGAGAAAUCUGAUGGAUCAAUCAGUAACAGUGUGAAGCAGAAGAAAAGGAUCAAUAUCAAAACCGUGGCGGACAGCGAGAACGUCCCGAUCUCUCUGGACAUGGAGAAAGUAUGGCACAAAAGAGACGACGGCGAGCUGCAAAUCCGAACCAAUCCACCUUCUCCCCAAUGCUUUUCCAACGUACGUGCACCAUACAAAAUCCCCGCUUCUUCAAAAACUUCAAGAUCAAGACUAAAGGAGAAGGAAAGCAUUGUAGGAGUGGAGGAGGUAACAAAAGGGGGAGUACCAGCUGAUAGAGUUAAGAACAUUUCAUCUGCUGUUGGUGAAAAAGAAGCAAGAGCAUUGGAUGUUCUUUGGUUUCUGAAGCCUUGCACUCUUUCCAACUAAAAACAGGUGUAUGAAGAGCUAAAAGCAUUUAUUCUUUCAUUCUUUAUGUGUUGUUCUCAGUGUCAUUACAACCACACCACCACCCUGUCUUAUAAGCUACACACUGAUGUUGGUCCUUGUUUAUAAGAUUGCUGUUGUAUCUAGAGAGCUUAGCCACCAGACAAUUUUUCUGAAUAGAAAAGCAUUUCUUACAAUACAAUAACACCGUUUAGAGGAA